AUGGACAACUUCAACAUCAUGAAACUGGAACUUAUGCACACCUUUGCUUGCCACAUCAAGGAGAAUGGCACUCUCAUCCAAUACACAGCAGAUGUGACUGAGCAGCUCCUGAUCACCCACUGCAAGACACCCUUUGAGUGGAUGAACCAAUGGAGCAACACAUUCAUUGAUCAAGUUGUCAAGCUCCUCAAUUGCAAGGAAACUAUCCACUCCUUCAACCUUUACAUCUUACUCUGCAGUUCAGAUUUGGUGCUUGACACUGCAAUUAUGGUCGAAAAUGAGGAAGUUACCAGUGUGGACCUGGCAUUAUCUUUUAUCAAUUGUGUUCUUCUGGAGAAAGAGACUAUGUUCCAAAGACCUCAGCCUUUUUGA